AUAAAAAAAAAGUAUAGCAUAAAAAAGGAACUGGAACGAUUUUAAAGUUUUCUUAUUCUAUAUUUUGAUAGAGAAUACGUAAUACACUAAUUGGUAAAUUUUAAAAAUUACUGCUUGCUAUUUCUUCAUAUGUUAAAAGCGCGAAAACAUCUGGGAACUGGAUACGAGGUUGAAACUGGGCCUUACUUUCAAGAAUAAACAUUUUGUUCGCAAAGUGAAUAGUUCAAUGGGUACACUGCACAACGAAAUGUAAAUCUCCAAUGCUACUCGCAUUCAGCAUGUACUCCAUCUUCGUGCUUUUUCAACCGAUUCGUGUAUUAGAUUAGAAAAAAUAUACAACCACUGUGUGGAGAGUGUUAUCUGCAAAAAAAUUCUAAUUAAUGGCGGAUAAAGCGUCGUGCGAAGUAAAACGAAAAACAUUGAACAUGGAAUAAAUACAAAUGUUAUGGAACAUAACAAAGAAAAUAAUGCACCCCUCGAAACAAGUACCCAGGAUUCUACACAGUCGUUCAAUGAAAAUGAGGACUGUUUAAACGAAAAUAUUGAUUCAGCUGAGAAUGAAAUCUCGGGAAGCGACAACAGCACGAUUGAAACUGUCGUUGAAAAAAAUUUACACGAGAAUAAUGCAGCUAAAACCGACUCGACAUUAGAAGACUCUUCGUCAAAAAGUAACUCGUUCGCUUACGAUAUAACCAAAGAGACCAUUUUGAUCGAGCAAUCGUACAGUGAUGGAUACUUCAACAGUAGUCUUGAUAAACUUUAUGAACGUUAUAUGAAUCAAAAAGACAGCGUCACAGCCUCAGAUGAACAACCAACUGGUUGUUUUGACGAAACCAAAGAUAACGUCAACAACCCAUCAAAAUUCGGAAAGUGCAAUAAGAAACAGAUUAUAAUCAUCUCCACCACGAUGUUGUGUAUGGUUGUGGCUGCCACCGCCGCAACUGUGUUGACGCUAAACGCCUUUAAACAUUCACCCCAUCAUUACCAUGGUGAAACUGUCGCAGAAGAACGUGCAGACGUAUAUCAACGUGCUGCUGUUGUUUCAAGCUCUUCUGCGUGUACAAAAAUUGGCACAGACAUAUUGCGUAGAAAUGGCUCAGCAGUUGAUGCAGCCGUAGCGACUUCAUUUUGCUUAAGCGUCGCGAGUAAACAUUCCACCAGCAUUGGAGGAGGGGGUUUUAUGUUAGUGUAUGCAAGGAAGAAUAAGACGUUUGAUGCGUUGGAUUUCAGUUCCACAGCCCCCGGCAAAGCAAAAAAUAACAUGUUUGAUAAAAACGUAAACGAUUCAAAAUACGGAGGAAAAUCAAUAGCUGUUCCCGGCCUUGUCAAAGGUCUUUACUCAGCGUGGCAAAGUUAUGGCAAAUUGCCUUGGAAAGACCUUGUUCAACCAGCUGUUAAUUUGACUAAACAAGGAAUACUCAUACAAGUUCGAUCUUACGAAAUUGCUAACCAAAUGAAGAGUUUUUUGCAGGAAUACCCUGGCUUGAGAAAGUUUUUGUUAUCCUCCAACAACGAACCUUAUGAGCCUGGCCAUCUACUCAUAGAUGCUGCUUUAUCAAAAACAUUGGAAAUUAUUCGUGACAAGCCGGAUGAUUUUUACUCUGGUGAGCUUGCUGUAAGCGUUGUCAGGGACAUCUCCACCGCGGGUGGCAUCGUUUCACUGGAUGACUUGGCAAAAUAUAAAGUGCGCCAUAGAGAUCCCGUUUCUGAUAACAUAAAUUCGCUGAACUUGAAAACUAUUGGAGCACCGUCCGGAGGUGCUGUUGUCCUGGAAAUUCUAAACAUAUUGAAAGGCUACCAUUUUUCUCCUGAUGACGUAGACGUUAAAGAUUCGAAGAGAACAGCUACUACAUAUCAUCGUAUUAUCGAAGCCAUCAAAUUUGCGUUCGCACACAGAACUAAGUUAGGCGAUCCAGAUUUUAACGAAGAUGAUAUGAAACAGUUGAUAGAGACUAUGGCCGAUGAAGGUUUUGGUGAACGUUAUCGUCAAAAAAUUGACGAUGAAGAGACGAAAGAUUACACCUUUUACGAAGCUGAGUAUAGUUUGCCAUCAGACGGAGGAACAUCGCAUGUCAGCGUUUUAGCCCCUAACGGUGAUGCUGUUUCUAUAACAACAACUAUAAAUAGUUGGUUUGGCAGUAUGCACAGAUCACUCGAUACUGGUAUCCUAUACAACAACCGAAUGAAAGAUUUUAGCACCAUCCAUGAUAAAUAUUUCAAUUUGACAUACUCGACUAUAAAUUCUAUCCACGGCGGAAAACGCCCACUGAGUUCCAUAUCUCCGAUCAUUAUGACAAAUAAAAAAGGAGAUGUGAAAUUUGUAUUAGGUGGAGCAGGGGGUGAAAGAAUAAUUCCAGCAGUUGCACAAGUGAUUAUAAAUAAAAUUUGGUUUGAAGAUGAGUUGGGUGAAGCAAUCUAUCGACCCAGGGUGUUCCAUAAUUUAUUCUCGGAAUCCGUUAAAGUAGAAAAGGACGCAGUAAUUUUUAAGGACGACUUUCUGAAAGAAAUCAAGAAACGUAAACAUGUAAUAAGCGAGGCAAACGAAUUGGAAUUUUCAGCAGUUCAAGGAAUCUACGUAGACGAAAAUGGGAAAGUGGAAGCUAAAUCGGAUUAUCGGAAAUACGGACACACAGACGGAUUUUGAUAAAGGAGCCAAGUACAGCGUCCGUUCAUUUAGAAGUCGAUCGUUUAAAUGUAAAAUACAGAAAUUGUUAGUGGAUACGUUCUUAUAUUUGCAUUCUUGGGAAAAAUUCUAUUUUUUGAGGUUUAAAGUACGGCUAAGAAUCAUAAAAAAUAAUUUGAAGACCAAAAGAUGAAUAAGUUGUGAAGG